AUGGAUAAAAUGUCAGAAAAUGAUCCAAAUAUAAUUAAAGUUGGUUCUUAUGCUAUUGUUCAAAAAGUUGGAGGUGAUCAUAUAAGACUACAAAAAUUAAAUAAGAAACAAAAAGUUUUAAUUGAAAAGUUAAAAUUUGAUGGUGAAUCACUUUUUGGUAAAAAGUAUGGGCUUUUUGAAGUGAUUAAAGGUAAAUGUAAUGAAGUUAAUGUUGAAGAUUUGCUUCAAAAAGAUGGAACAGGAGAUUUAGAAAUGAGACAUAAUGAUAUAGAUAAUUUAAAAAAUAAUGAACAACCAGAAGAUAUGGAAAAGGAUGAUUUACAAAAGAAUGAUCAACAAAAACGUCAAAAAUUAACACAUGUUGAAAUUGGACAAUUACGUGAACAAGGAGCUAAUGCAGCAGAUUUAGUAACACAUCUUAUUUCUGGUAAUACAUGUUUUAAUGAUAGGACAAUUCAUGCUAAAGAUAAAUAUGUUAGAAAAAAAACUCAAAGAUAUCAAGAUAGAGUUUUAGUUCUUAAACCUACAAUUAGAUUAAUAACAGAAGCUUAUUAUAAAAGAGAUCCUGAUAGAAUUGGACAUUUAAGAUUAGAUCAAUUAGGACAUAUUAUUGCUUUAGCUCCUGUAAGAUAUGGUUCCAAAGUUUUUGUAUUUGAUCAAGUGCUAGGACUAUUGUUAUCAUCUGUCAUUGAAAGACUUGGAUGUGGUGGUACAUGUGUAACAAUACAUCGUGGUUCCUCACUACAAAGUGUUCCAUGUUUAGAUGCAAUGGAUUUUAGUGAAGAACAUCUUAGUGUUUUAUAUCCAUUACCCGUACAAUCACUACUGACAAGAGAAUCAUUAUUUGAAAAAGAAAUUGAAAGAGAAAAUGCUUCAGAUAGAUCUAAAGAAAGAAGACAAGAAAGAAUUAAAAAAGAAAAAUAUAUUUUAUCAUUACUUGGUCCAACGGAUGAUAAAAAUUAUAAUGGAUUUUUUGAUACACUUUUAAUUGCUACUAGAACUGUAGAUCCUAUAGAUUUAUUAGAAAAAGUAUGGUCUUCUUUAGCUUACUCAGGAACUUUAGUUUUAUAUACACCUAAUAUUCAACAUACAAUAACUUCAUAUAAAUGUCAUCCAUUGAUGAUGCAACCAGUUACAGGUGGAUAUAUUGUUAGUGCUAUAAAAACGAAAAAAUAA